CAAAUGUUGCUCUUGAUCUUUUUUCUUCCAACUGUGAAAGCCUUAUCCGGAUUUUCAGUGAUUAAGCUGAAAGUUCCAUAUUCGUACCUUGUAUCGAGAACCCCAAUUUUUACAUCGACAUCCUCUACGAGUUUCAAUUUAAAUGAUGUAAUCUACAAGAACUGUGCAUCCAAAAUGUGCAUCGCAGCGUUUCAUGAUAACAGUUCGAAGUACCAACUUCUCACCGACGUUCAAAACUCUUGCACCAAGGCGCCCAACUGCCUUGCAUUCACAGAAUCUCAAUACAACAUCGCCAUAGUUUUUAUGAACAACACUAGCAAUGAAUGUUCAGCUAACACGACCGAAUUGCUCACUGAAAAGUUUAAACCAAAAGAAUGUCCGGCUAAAUGGUUUCCAUGGACUCGCCCGAAUGGCCAAAUAUGGUGUCAUAUGAUUUCUAGCGUCGGAAGGACUUAUCAGGAAGCAAGUGAUUACUGUCAAGGAAUGGGAGCCGAGAUGAAUGGAUUUCAGACUGUUGAGGAGAGAAAUGCAUUUAUUGGAUUCUUGAAGGCAAAACCUGCGAGCUCGAUCAUAUCUUGGGUUUACAUUGGAGCAAAGCGAUCAUGCCCAACAGAUACGUGCGCUAAGACUGUUCAGUUCCAAUGGCAAAAUGGAGUGUCCACCAAUCACAGUCUUGCAAACGACAAUUUCUACUCACCGUGGUGGGAGGGACUCGGAAAUUGCUUGGGAAUGCUGUACUAUAAGGAAGGAAUGUAUGAUGACACGGAAUGUGUACAGAAGGCGGCUGCUUCGUGUGGAAUGUUGGCAAAGUAGCGGGAAUUGUGCUCCGGAAAUGCUCAUGAUUUAUAUAUUUAAAUGAAAUAAAUUGUUAACUGGUU